UGUUUAACCACAACUCUCCCUGCAACAACAACAAAAAAUACCUUCCAUCUCAUCUCCAGCUCAAAGAGAAAACCCUGCGAGGCUGGCAUGUCUGUCAGAGAGGAGACUCAGAUGAGCGUGGAGCAGGACGGCGCAGGACGCAGAAUGGAGGGUCAGUGCCGGUCGUCUCAGAAGUACCUGCUGCUCCAUGUGUGGUGCGGACUCCUCACCGUGGCCCUGGUCAUCAUGGCCGCCUUCAUCGCUUCCACCAAACCAAAAUCUGAGCCACCCGGCGGUUCCCAGGGAAACCCUGCAGCAGUCAGCGCUCAGUUCUCUCCAGAGGGACUUGCUGGAAAGUGGUCUUCCUACAUUGAACUGGAAACGGACUUUAGUAAGGAUGCGUGGAAGGAGCGUGUGACCUGUGAGUCCUGCUCCCUCUGCCUCCAUCAGGACGCCGUCUACGUCAACAGCAGCAGCCUUGAGCGCUCCAUCUUCUUCUUCUACGCCCAGGUGGUCUUCAGGAAGAACCUGACUCACAACCUUCCCUCGUCUGUGACGUUGAUAAGAAAUGCCACUAAAUAUCCCAAGAAGGACGAGAGGGUUCUGGUGUCUGUCCCGGCGGCGGGCGAGUCGGUCUGGUUGGGGAAGAUGGUGAUUCUGACCGGAGGCGACAGCGUGAGGCUGAGCAUCACAGGAGAAUAUCUGAGAGGCGAUUCGUUCUGGGGAGCUUUCCAGCUCCAUUAACGCGCCACGUCUGGAUGGACUCGUGGUCCUGCUGUAACUUAUGAGCUGUUCAGUCAUUUGGUUAGAUUAUUUCCCCCAAAUACAUUUCUGAAGUAUUUCCAUUCCUCCCAUGGCCAACAUGGAACACUAACUCCAUCAGACAAGUUUAAAUGCAGAUUUUACUCCCAGUCGUUGAAUAACUGGCCCUUUUUCUCCGUCCGUUUGCUUCAGUGAAGUUCAUCCUCAGUUUGAAGCCAGUAGAAAGUUUAGAUGAAUGUAAACUGUGAAUGGGCCAUAAAAAAAACUCCUUCAUCUUUCCUAUUUUGUAA